AUGGAUCCUGGACGAAGAGCUAUGUUGGAAGGCCGCGCACCUCGGGCAAGAGAUAUCACAUCUCCACGUCGCGACGAAACCAAUCGAAUUACCAAACCACAACGACCAGCAGGCAACUCCAGUUCCAGACCUUAUCGAAACAACCAGAGUCUCGAAGACGAACAAUCAAAGAAAUGGGUAGCAGAAGAGGAUACUUUUGUUCUAAAACAAGCAAAGAAGAAGGCAGAUAUUCGAGUUAGAGAAGGACGAGCGAAACCAAUUGAUUGGCUAGCAGUUAUUCUUCGAGUGAUAGAUCCCGAUAGAGAUCUCCUUGACGCCGAUGAAGAAGAGGUUCAGUUAGAUGUGGUAGAUCCAGAGGGUAUUUUCGAAGGUCUUAACGAUGCGCAACUAGGAGAAUUGGAAGCCGACAUUAAUUCUUACAUUGCUUUGGAGAACAACAAAAAGAACCAGGAUUAUUGGAAGACGAUGCAAAUCAUUUGCAAUGAUCGUCGCCAGAAAUUAAAGCCUCUGGGUCCUGAUGAACGUGCUGUAAGCUCUGUUGCUGCAGAUGUGGACAAACUUCUGGGACCAAAAACGUAUGGGCAACUCGAAAGUUUGGAAGGGCAAAUUAGAGCAAAGCUCCGCUCGAACGAACCAAUAGAUACAGAUUACUGGGAACAACUCUUGAAGAGUUUAUUGAUCUGGAAGGCAAAGGCUAAAUUAAAGAAGGUAUAUCAAUCUGUGCUGGAUGCUCGACUUGACGCCUUACGAAAAGAACAAAAGGAAGCUGCAGAAGGUGUUCAAAAGAAGUUACAAGAACUGUUAUCUGGUCCAGCACCAGUGGUUGAAGAAGGGUCUGACAGACAAAAUUCAAUCGCCGCGCAAACACCUCGUCGUCAGCCUCACUUUGUCUAUUCAGAGAAGCACGACCCGGAACCGUUACUCAAACUACGGACUGAAGACAAAUCAGGCGAGAUUGUUGACGAAUCUGAUUUCCUCAAAAAGGUCGUGGCAGAGCGGCGCAAAGUCUUAAAGUUAGGUUAUGUACCUUCACGUCCAGUUGCCUCCGAAAAGAGUCUGCCCAGCUCUGUCAGCAAACCAAGCACAUCUAUCAGCAAUGCACCUCCAGGGACACAGCGCUUUUCCGCUGUAGUCACUGAAGAUUUCUCUCAAGCUACAAAAGCAUUGUACGACAGAGAGGUGGCACGGGGUGUGAAUGAGAAUGAGGAAAUCUUCGCGGCGGAGGAAAGCCUUACAACGACUUCGGCUCCUCAAUGGGCAGACAAAUACAGGCCAAGAAAACCGCGUUAUUUCAAUCGAGUGCAAAUGGGCUACGAGUGGAACAAAUACAAUCAAACCCAUUACGAUCAUGAUAAUCCUCCACCAAAAGUCGUCCAAGGUUACAAAUUUAACAUAUUUUAUCCGGAUCUCAUAGACAAAGCUAAGGCUCCAACAUUUCGAAUUAUUCGUGAACAUGGUCGAAAGAGAGGAGAGUCAUUUGCAGCUGCUGGAGAGGAGGAUACAUGUCUGAUUCGCUUCAUAGCUGGACCCCCUUAUGAGGAUAUUGCCUUCCGUAUUGUUGAUAAAGAAUGGGAUUAUUCUGCGAAAAGGGAUCGUGGCUUUCGUAGUAGUUUCGACAAGGGUAUUCUUCAGUUACACUUCCAGUUCAAAAAGAUAUUCCAAUACUAUCUGGAUACAUUGGAGUUUCGCAGACAUCAAUGUGGUGGAAGUUCUUCUUAG